UAUAUAUAUCAUUAGUCUUGUUCAAACCUCAUCAUCAUGGGAUGUCCUGGGGCUGGGAAGUCAACUGUUGGUGUCAUUGUUGCCGAGAUGUUGGGAAUGAAAUAUGUUGACUUUGACCUUGAUGUUUUGGAAAAUGUUUGGGGGAUGAAGGUUGCUGAUAAGGUAUGUGUGCUAUCACCAUGUAUGUAUCAUCACCGUUAUAUUUACCAUUACCAUCACAAUUAUCACCAUCAUUUUCAUCACUCCAAUUUACAAUCCACCAUCAUCAUCCAAUCACCAUCACCAUCUGACCAUCAUCAUCUGACCAUCAUUUCCACCAUCAUCAUUACCACCAUCAUUCAUCACCAACACCACCAUCAUCAUCACCAUUAUCACCAUCACCAAUCCCACCACCACCAUCAUUUAUCCCCCAUUAUCACCAGUAUCAUAAUAAUCACCACCAUUAUCAAAACCAUCACCACUACCAUCAUCAUUACCACCAUCAUUCAUCACCAACACCACCAUAAUCAUUCAUCACCAACACCACCAUCAUCAUUCAUCACCAACACCACCAUCAUCAUUCAUCACCAACACCACCAUCAUCAUUCAUCACCAACACCACCAUCAUCAUUCAUCACCAACACCACCAUCAUCAUUCAUCACCAACACCACCAUCAUCAUCAUUCAUCAUAAUCAUUCAUCAUAAUUACCAUCAUCACCAACAUUCAUCACCAUCUAAUGUGCUGUUACUACCAUCACCAUUACCUCCACAAUUAUUACCAUCAUCGUGUUCAUCACCCAAUCACCACCACUAUCAUCACCCAAUCACCAUCAUCACUAUCAGUCUAUUAUAGAGGUGUGCAAAUCCGAUCCGAAUCCGAUUCGUUCGGAUUUCGCAACAAAAAAAUACAUUUCGGAUCGGAUUGAUAAAGUUGUUUCGCAGUCGGAUCGGACUUAGAUAUUCGAAAUAAAAUGAAUUAAUUAUUCACGCAUUAUUGCAAGAAUUAAUUAUCCAUGCAUUUAUCAAAGCAUUAUAGCGGUUGUCGCCGCAUUUUUCGUUUGAUACUUCAAUUGGACGUCACUUUGUCAGCUUCUUGACAUGUAUUUCUUGCUUUUAUAUUUAUUUGGUUAAAUAUUUCAACUUGAAUGAGCAAUUUAUUUUGUUAAAGGAUUCUUCGGAUCGGAUCGGAUUGGAAUUCUUUAUUACAACUCGGAUCGGAUUUUAAACAUUAGCUAAUUGUCGGAUUAUAAACGUCCAAUCCGAUCCGAUGCACACCUCUAGUCUAUCACCACCAUCAUCACCAACCAUAAUAAUCUUUCUCUUCCAGUUAAUCAGCCUGGGAUCUAAUCAAUUUCUCGAAGCAGAAGCGGAAGAGUUCGUAAAAUUCACCACCGCAAAUUCCAUCAUCUCUCUAAGUGGAUCCAACCCCAUGCAUCCAAAAUUCAAACCCCACGCUCAGUCACUCGGCAAAGUUUUCUUCCUCGAUGUUCCAAAUGAAGACAUAUUGAAAUAUUUAAACAAGAAAACUAUCGAUGCAGCCAACUGCGUUGUUGGAAAACACGAAGGUGUGAAGGAAUUAUUUUAUAAUCAUGGUCGGACAAGAUCAAUAAGAAAUAUCAAUACGAGAGGACCCUUACUGUACCCCUAGGGAAAAAAGUUUACUACCGAUAGAGCUACAGUAUCCAGUAUAAAUAAAGUUAGUUUAGGUUUCCUCCUGUGGUAACACUGAAUCAUUAAGAAAUGAGCCUUACUGGACCUCUAGGAAGAACAAUUUAGAACUGAUAGAGCUAUCCAGUAUAAAUGAAGUUAGUUUAGUUUAGGUUUCCUCCUGUAGUAACACUGGAUCAAUAAGAGAUGAUCCUUACUGGACCUCUAGAACUGAUAGAGCUAUCCAGUAUAAAUAAAGUUAGACACAGUUUAAAAUACUUCAAAGGCAUAAACAAAUUUAUUUCGUUACCUCAGGCAUGAGCUGGGCAGAAAUUAUCGACUACAGACAACAGUUUUAUGUCCAAAAUUAUGACAUCAGAAUUCUAUGCGAGAAAAGCGAAGCCCCGAAGUCAGUGGCAGAAAAAGUCGUUAGACGGUGGAACAGUUUAGAAAAAAAUAAGUACUACCUCAGUACACGAAGCUUGGAAUCUUCGAAGGUGGAAAUGAAAUCAUUUUUGGAUGUAGUUAUUCAAGGAUUGGCGUCAGAUGGAGGAUUAUAUGUUCCACAGGGAGAGAGGCCUUAUUUUACUUUAGGUAAUAUAGUGUUUAGCUACUAUGGACGACACUGGACCACCACGUUUGAGAUAUAUUUUACAGAUAGUUCAGACACAAACCACGACAGCUUAUUGUAGAAUACUACCUACACUGGACCACCACGUUUGAGAUAUCUUUUCAGGUAGUUCAGACACAAACCACGACAGCUUAUUGUAGAAUACUACCUACACUGGACCACCACGUUUGAGAUAUCUUUUUCAGGCAGUUCAGACACAAACCACGACAGCUUAUUGUAGAAUACUACCUACACUGGACCACCACGUUUGAGAUAUCUUUUUCAGGUAGUUCAGACACAAACCACGACAGCUUAUUGUAGAAUACUAGUCUACCUACACUGGACCACCACGUUUGAGAUAUCUUUUUCAGGUAGUUCAGACACAAACCACGACAGCUUAUUGUAGAGUACUACCUACACUGGACCACCACGUUUGAGAUAUCUUUUUCAGGUAGUUCAGACACAAACCACGACAGCUUAUUGUAGAAUACUACCUACACUGGACCACUACGUUUGAGAUAUCUUUUUCAGGUAGUUCAGACACAAACCACGACAGCUUAUUGUAGAAUACUACCUACACUAGACCACCACGUUUGAGAUAUAUUUUUCAGGUAGUUCAGACACAAACCACGACAGCUUAUUGUAGAAUACUACAGUACCUAGACCGGACCACUACGUUUCACAUCUCAAACUCAUUCUUAAAACAUAUUGCUCUUGAGGUCAAUGGCAAAGACUUAUCAGCCUACCGUAUCAAGAACGCGCCGCGAGGAUUUUAGAAACCUGGAUCGACUCUGCUGAGCUACACCCGUCACGUGUUCAUCACAUGAUCACGAAAGCGUAUAGUACUUUCCAAGAUAAAGACAUUGCGCCAAUCAAAAAGUUAAACAAGGGAGUCUACAUUCAAGAACUGUUUCACGGCCCCACUGCUUCGUUCAAAGAUCUUGCAUUACAGCUCAUGCCACAAAUAUUUGACGAAGCUGCAGCAAAAAGACAACAGGGGCAAGUGUUUUAACUACUUAAUCCAUGGUUACGAAACAAUGUUUCCUGGUUUGUCCACCUUCGGGAAACAUGGUCAGGAAACAAUGUUUCCUGGUUUGUGCACCUUUGGGAAACAUGGCUAGGAAACAAUGUUUCCUGGUUUGUCCACCUUUGGGAAACAUGGCUAGGAAACAAUGUUUCCUGGUUGGUCCACCUUUGGGAAACAUGGCUAGGAAACAAUGUUUCCUGGUCUGUCCACCUUGGGGAAACAUGGCUAGGAAACAGUGUUUCCUGGUUUGUCCACCUUCGGAAACCAUGGCUAGGAAACGAUGUUUCAUGGUUUAUCCACCUUUGCAAAACAUGGCUGGGAAACAAUGUUUCCGAACUUAAAGCUCUUUAUUGUUUUAAAGUGUACACUGUACAACCAUAAUACUUUCACAACCGAAAAAAGUUUAAUUUAUCCCAUUUAAUAGGUUAGCAAAUGAAACCAAGUACUUGGUGUUAGUGGCAACAUCAGGCGACACAGGAAGUGCGGUGUUACACGGAUUUCAAAAUUGUGAAAACGUGGCAGUGAUGGUGUUGUACCCCGAUCAAGGAAUCAGCCCAAUUCAGCGACAACAAAUGACAAGCACGGACGCCAGAAACGUCAAAGUCCUUGGCGUUCAGGCAGACUUCGAUUUUUGUCAAACGACAGUGAAGCAGAUAUUUGUAGGUUAGUGUUAUGUGGUGCGUAGCAGAUACGGUCAGCCUGUUACACGCGUAAAAAUGUCACAUCUUGUAGCAAAUCAGCCAACAAGCCGUCAACAAGUUGUGUUCGCACUGCUUGUCCCAAGUUGUCAACAAGUUUGGAACAAACUGUUAACAACUUGUAAAAAGCUUGUUGAUAUUAUCAGACUUGUUACAAGGUUGUUCUAACAAGUCUGAUACAGUCAUGAUAUAACAAGAAUAUUACAACUUUGACGACACAAGGUUGUAACAAUAUUGUUAUAUCAUGACUGUACAGGCGGAAAAAUCUCACAGCUUGUAUAGCAAGUCCAACAAGCCGUCAACAAGUUGUGUUCGCACUGCUUGUCCCAAGUUGUCAACAAGUUUGGAACAACUUGUUAACAACCUUGUUGAUAUUAUCAGACUUGUUACAAGGUUGUUCCAACAUGUCCGACACAGUCAUGAUAUAACAAUAUUGUUACAACCUUAUGUCGUCAACCUUGUAACAUUUCAGCAUCUUGAUAUUUACUCAUCUCUACGUUAUAGAUGAAACAUUCGGCUCGCAUAUCUGGGAAAAAUAUGGCUACAAAUUCUCGGCUGCGAAUUCCAUCAACUGGGGACGAUUAUUACCGCAAGUGGUGCACCACGCUUCUGGGUAUCUGGAUUUGGUUAAACAAGGAGAGAUUACUUUGGGUGAACCGAUAGACGUCUGUCUUCCCACUGGAAAUUUUGGAAACAUCCUUGCAGCAUUUUAUGCUAAGGUGAAUUACGAUAGAAUAUUUGUUUGGCACAAUUGGCGUUCCUUUACGGCUUUAUCCGGUGAAAAGGAACAUGCUUUAGGAACUUGA